AUGAACCGACCAACUCAUUUAGAAGAACAGCUUAAAGAGCUUGGGCCCACACAGCCGCACAAUGAAGACACACCGGAGGUGCCUCGAGUGUCUGGCCCGUCACGCAGGAUAACAGGGCCCUUCCAGGUACUGGGAGCAUUUUUUAGUUUUUACGCUCUCACCUUCAUUCCCUCAUCUACAGCAUCUGCUAUUUCCUGGGUUGGAACUAUUCAGUCAUGGCUCUUGAUCGCCUGCGGUCUAAUCUCUGGUCCGCUAUUUGAUUUAGGUUACUUUCCAACAAUGGUGAUGGCUGGAAGUUUUUUUUCUGUGUUUGGCUUCAUGAUGCUGAGCAUUGCGCAUAAAUACUAUGCAAUAUUCCUAAGUCAAGGAAUAUGCAUGGGCCUCGGGUUCGGAUUGCUUUAUGUGCCCACUGUCGCCUUGAUAAGCCAGAGAUUCUCCGAAAAUCGCGCUGUUGCGUUAGGCGUGGCCACAAGCGGAGCUCCCGCAGGAGGUAUCAUCUAUACCGUCAUCUUCAAUCAGCUGAUCUCUAGAGUGGGCUUUGGAUGGACGGUCCGCAUUAUGGGAUUUGUGAUGCUGUUUCUUUUUAUUAUGGCUGCUCUGCUGCUCUCUUCAGAAGGAGGUCUGAAAAGCAGGGUAGUGAGCGACCGACCCAGAGUUCUCUUUGAUACCCGAGCACUGAAGGAUCUUCCAUUCUGGAGCUUCACAGUUGCGAACUUCUUGAUCUAUUUAGGCUAUAUGACACCGUACUACAUGAUCCCAACGUACGCGCAAACCGUACUUCAUACGUCACGUUCAUUAGCCUCAUACAUCUUGAUGGCAUCGCAAGCUGCCUCGAUCGUGGGCCGUGUUGCUACAACUAUUUUCGCCCACUUUUACGGGUCUAUGAUUUCAUGGGUUCUGUGUGGCAUGUUAUCAGGCAUGCUUUGCUUGUGCUGGAUAAGUGCCGAUGAUCUUCCGCGAUUUUUCGUUUUUGUGGCAUUCUAUGGAGCCAUCUCUGGGGCCUUGGUCCCCCUUCCACCGAGCGUCUUUCCUCAUGUCUGUCCUGAUUCUCACUCCCUUGGAACUUGGCUCGGCAUGGCCCAAAGUAUCAGCAGCUUUGCUUCCUUAGUAGGGCCGCCAAUUGCUGGGGCAUUGGCGUCUAUAAAUUCUGGCGGAAGCGCAGAUCUGAACUUUAUGGGUAUCCAGCUUUUUAGUGGGAUCACUAUGACACUCGGCGCUUGUUCGCUAAUUGGCCUUUGGUAUUUGCUAUAUAGACUAAGAGACAAAAAAGGCUUCUUCUGA